CGAGAGGGAAACGGCACGAAAAUUUCUAGCCGUGAGUUUGCUUUUCCCGCAGCAAAGCCGCGACCAGAACAAGCAGAAAGUGAAGAAACUGUACGACGAACGAACCGAAACGGUGUGUGCGCGAUUUUGGACCGAAAGUAGCCACUGCAAAGAGCGCGUUCGCGAUACGUUUUUCAUGUUAUUUUGACCCUGGUGUGCAAAGCGCGGAUCCGGAAUAACCAGAAGCACGGAAAUCUCGAAAUAGUGAAAGCGCCACAGAAGGAUUAAUUUUUACUGCGGGAGGAUGUCGGAUUCGAACACCACUACGGAGGCAGCAGCGGCAGCUGCACCCGCCCCGGCGGAAGCGGAGGUGAAAACACCGACCAAGCGUACGCCGUCCAAGCGCAAAAACGAUGCAUUCCAGCGGGAAAGUGAGGAGCUACUGAAGACCAUGGGCAUGGAUCCCGCGGAGGACGGUGGCCGACGACGAACCCGUGCCAGCACACGCGGAGUCAGCGCCCCUGCCACACCGGCCACUCCUCCGGCCAAGAAGGCCCGCACGGCAGCCACUCCCUCGCGCAAGGGUCGAGGGAAGAAGGAUGACGACGAGGAGGGAAAAUCGCCGGAAUCCGAAAGCGCCACCCCGAAGAAGCGCGGACGUCCCUCGGCCAAGGACAAAGCCGAAGCAGAGGAGAAGCAUGACGAAGAGGAAGCCGACAAGAAGGACGACGAAACCGAUGGCAAGAAGGACGAAGAAUCAAAGGCCGAGGCUAAUGAAGUGCAUGACGAAACCGACAAGAAGCAGGAAGACAAAGUCGAUGGCGCCGUAAAUAGCACCGAAAAGGUCGAAGCACCAAAGGAGGAAUCCAAACCGGCCGACGACGCUCCCGAGAAGAUGGAAGUCGACGAAGAGGCACCGGCAGCCAAGGAAGCAACCAGUCAAGAAGCCAGCAAAGAAGCAGAACCAGUUCCGGAAGAGGCGACGACAGAAGCGGCCGCCGCCCCCGAGGAGGAAGCGCCAAAACCUGCAGAACCGGAACCCGCCGCCAAGCCAGUGGAAGAAGAAAAGCCAGAAGUACCUGCCGCCGCCCCUGCCGCUGAAGAACCGGAACAAGUCGCUGAACCCGCCCCCGCGGUUCAGGAAGUGGAAUCGAAACCCGCAGAGGAUAACUGCAGUUCCACGCCGGUCGCGCAGGAAGUGACGCCCGUGGUGGAGGAACCGGUGGCACCGGUUGCCAACGAGGUCAGCAGCACAGAGGCGGAAAAGACGAACAAUGAUGUGGUUCCGGUGGAGAGCAGCGUGGAGGAAACGAAGGUGGAGAACUCUGAACCCAAAAUUGUUCCAACAGAAACGACAACGGUCGAGCACACUGCGGCGGCACAGUAAAUUCCGUGGACACAAAAUCAGCAGUUGUGCUCCUUCUGCGCUUCAAACUACACAGGUUAAGAACAACACCCUCACAAAAAAAAAACACAUGCCCACAACCAUAUGUUGAUCAUAACUUCGAUUGCUGUCUUCAACAUGAUCACAGUCAAUUCUUACGCAGAAUUUUGAAGAGUUACUUGAGGAAAGCUUCACCGCAUCAGGAAUCAUACAACAAUAGUUACAUCAUCUUCCGCAGAGAUGUGCGUUUCGGGAACUAACUCAUACUCUUUGACAUUUUGUUCACGCUAUGUGCAGUAAGCGGUCUAUCUUAAUAUCUCGAUAGCGAUCCCAACAACGGUUUUAGAUUCCUUGCGGCAAUCGAUUUUAGGCUAUCUGAAUGACACAUAUUAAACCAACCCUGAAAGAAACUGAUAACAAACAAAAUCAUUUAAGAAAAAAAAACUAUUAGUAUGUACAAUGGAUACAUAUUCAAGCAGCAGAUUGAUACAUUUUAGGCAAUAUUGAUGUUUCAUUUUCCGUUCUUUUGAUUGUUCAGACGAAUACAAAUAUAGAAUUUACUAGGACAGGCAUGGAACCACUUUGAAUGGUAUGAAUAGAUAUUAAGCGCAAGUCACUUGGAUUCUGACCUGAAAACAAUUUAAAUGUAGAGUUUAUAAUUUACUGAUUUCUUCAAACUUAACCACCACCAUUGAUGAACCCCGGACCAUAGCAUUGUAAAUUACGACUUGUAAAGAUACCACCUGGAAUAUAAUUUGACUUGUUCCGAAGUUACUUUUUCUGUCGUCGUUUUUUUAACUACUCUGAUGCAGAUGUGGACAGCAACAUUUCAAGUCCAAAAUUAGGUCACAGAGAUGACUUUUUUUUUUUCUACUCGGAUUUCUGCAGGCGAAAUACAAAGAUCUUAAAGAAUUUCAGAAUAAUAUUUUUGCCAUCUUAGAGGUAUGAUAUAUACAUUAUAAUGCGAAGAAAAAUGCGGGAAGAUUUAUUUAACUGGCAUUUUGGCAAAUAAAUAUGAAACUCCUGACAUAUACCUAACAAAAACAAACGAAUCAAUCCCGAUAAUCGGUUUUCUUAUUUUUUACCUUCCUAACCUGAGAACACCUCCCAACACUCAUCUACACAACCAAUAUACACUGAGAGACAGAGUUGCAGUAGUCGCGUUCGCACCUACUACACGUGUAAUGUCAACCACGCGCCAUAUGCCUACACAAGUACAAAUGUAUUUAUGUAACGUGCAUAAACGUGUGCAGCAGCACAGGUAGUAGUCGUGUGUGUGCGCGCGCGAUUGCAACACAACACACAAAGAGCAAACAAAAAGAAAACAAGAAAAAAUACAAAAAAUCUACAUCUUUUUAACUAAUGUAUAGGUUAUUUUAUUAUUGUGUCGUGAAUGAGACCGAGAGAGAUGAUAAAUAUAGAAAUAUGGACAAACAA